AUGGGGUACACCCGCGUUUGGAGGUCAGGUGUCUUGUACACCCGCGGAGUUGAAACAGCGAGAGGCUUUGCUAGCUUCGCAAGUUUCUCAGAAACAAUCGCAUUCUACUGCAGAAAUGUCGAAGUUGUCUAUUUAGCUAAUGUGUUCUGUUGCCAUAGAACGGAAACACAUCAAGGGAACAGCACGCUACAUGGAUUUGUGCUCAAUGUCAAAAGGCCAAUCCAGUCAAAUCUGUAUCUUGUCCUGACUGCAACUGGAAACCUAGCCGAGCCUACCUUACUUCGUCAAGAUCACGACCUACCCAGCCGAAACCGUCUUCUCCUAAAACUUCACCCGGUAACGGGCAAACAUCUAGCGACACCAGAAACGAAAAACAAAGCAAGUUUACAAUUACAAGGAGUUGGGCCCCUGAGCAAUCCCUAUACAGGUCCGCUAGAGGAAUCUUGGCAGGAGACCGGGUUUAGAAGUAUCUCACGGAAACCGCGCAGCAGUUUGGACUCUCAAAAACAAGACUCAAGUGUCAGUGGCUCAUGGCAGCUAUCAGGAUUUAGAAGCCUCCCUCCACAAUCUGAACAAAUUCGGUCGUCAGAUUUACCAUCAGAAUCCGAGGCGCCUCCUGUUAGAUCCAAGCCUCGGAGAGAUGAAUUGGAUUCUGGUAACUAUACCAACGAAGAUUACGUCGGUCGACAGUCCUCACGGGCCGUUCGUGGGAGAGCCAGAGAUUUUACCCCGUCGUACGAAGACGCUGAUAAAGAAUUUUCCUCCAAACCUCGAAAACAGAAAGGUAGGCGUGCCACCACAGAGGAUGAUCUGGACGAGCCUCCAAUACGGUCAAACCGUCGUGGUGCGAGCCGCGGACGGGAUCUAGAUAUAAUGGAUCGUGAUCUGGAAUAUGGGGUUGGCCGACCCAAGCGAAAAGACAAAAAAGAUAAGAAGAAAGCAGCCCAGCGAGCACAGGAGCAGUCUGGUCCAACACCGAUAGUGCUUCCAGAUUUUAUCAGCGUUGGAAAUCUUGCAGAUGCAAUUAAUGUCCGCCGCACUCAAUUUAUCAAAAGCCUAGAGAGCCUCGGAUUUGAUGAUGUUACAAAUGACCAUGUUCUAGACUCAGAAACCGCUGGAUUAAUUGUCACUGAAUUCAAUUUUGAACCCGUGGCUGAGUCUAACGAUAUAGACCUGGUUGCGGCUCCGAGACCUGACGAUACGUCCAAUCUACCCGCAAGGCCACCCGUAGUUACAAUCAUGGGACACGUUGAUCAUGGAAAGACCACCCUUCUGGAUUAUCUUCGAAAGUCUUCCGUUGUUGCAACCGAACAUGGAGGAAUAACGCAACACAUUGGUGCAUUUUCGGUUACCAUGCCAUCUGGAAAACAAAUUACCUUCCUUGAUACCCCUGGACACGCUGCUUUCCUGGAAAUGCGAAAACGAGGAGCGGAUGUUACCGACAUCGUAAUUUUGGUUGUUGCCGCUGAUGACAGCGUCAAGCCCCAAACAAUUGAAGCUAUAAAGCAUGCAAAGGGCGCUGAUGUUCCAAUCAUUGUUGCAAUUAACAAAAUCGACAAAGAAGACAUCAAUAUUGACCGAGUCAAGCAAGACUUAGCUCGUCAUAAUGUCAGUGUCGAGGAUUAUGGCGGCGAUGUCCAGGCAAUCGGAGUCAGUGGGAAAACUGGCCAAGGAAUGUUGAAAUUAGAAGAGGCUGUCAUUACGCUAUCCGAGAUGUUGGACCUUCGAGCUGAUAAGGAAUGCAACUUUGAAGGCUGGAUCAUCGAAGCAUCCACUAAACGAGCAGGCCGGGCAGCAACUGUUCUAGUACGACAGGGAACGCUCCGCCCGGGUGAUGUGAUUGUCGCCGGAACUUCAUGGGCUAAGGUUCGAACUCUGCGUAAUGAAGCUGGUAUUCAGGUUGCGGAGGCCCUUCCAGGAACACCCGUAGAAGUCGAUGGCUGGAGGGAUCAGCCAGUUGCUGGAUUCGAAGUACUCCAAGCUCCAGAUGAGCAACGUGCAAAGGAUGUUGUUGCAUUCAGAACUGAAAAAGAAGAAGUACAACGACUGGGUGGUGAUGUGGAAGCCAUCAACCAAACCCGUCGUGAGACGCGUGAGAGACGGCAGCUUCAGGCUGCUCUAGAAGAGAAUGGUGACACAUCUACUGAUGCUGCCGACAAGGGCGGUCCUCAACCUAUUCCAUUUAUUGUCAAGGCUGAUGUCUCUGGUUCCGCGGAGGCCAUAGUAAACGCUAUGUCUGCUGUGGGAAACAAUGAAGUUUUCGCGAAAAUCUUGCGAUUCAGCGUUGGAAAGAUCGGAGAAUCAGAUAUUAGACAUGCUUCUGCUGCUAAUGCUGCUGUUAUCUCCUUCAACCAGUCUGUUGAUCCCGACAUUAUGAAAUUUGCUGUGGCAGAAGAAGUUGAUGUCCUGAACCACAACAUUAUCUAUGAAUUGAUUGAUGAUGUGAAGAUGAGACUGAGUGAGCAUCUUCCCCCAACCGUCACUCAACGUGUUUCAGGAGAAGCAGAAAUUGGUGAAAUCUUCGAAAUCAAGCUCAAAGGGAAGAAGACCACCUUUGUUGCUGGAUGCAAAGUCAGUAACGGCGUCAUCAAUCGAUCUCACAACGUCAGGGUUUUGAGAGGGAAGAAUAUUAUUUAUGAUGGAACCCUUUCAUCUCUGAAGAAUGUCAAAAAGGAUGUGACUGAGAUGCGAAAAGGCACAGAGUGUGGCAUGGCAUUCGAAGGGUGGGCUGACUUUGCUGUUGGCGAUGAAAUCCAGACAUAUGAAGUGGUUCGUGAAAAGCGUCUCCUUGACUAG